AUGACGCAGGUGCCCAACAGCAAGGCUGCGGGCUUUGGGGAUGUGGUUGAGUUCGACGCCCGUAAUGAUUCCGUACAAGACCAUGGGCCUACCAGCUCAGCUCUGACCUUCAUCCUGCGGGUCGAUGGCUAUUUUCUUUACGCCGAUCUGUGCCAAGGCGACGUCAGCGAGGUGGCCUGGGUUUCCGCUCAGAAAGCCACAAGGGAGACUAUCGUGCGAGUCGUUGGCACCGUCUCAGACCACGUGCAGGACAUGGAAAAUAACCACGAUGGACUCAACAAGGCGAUCACAGUGACCGAGUUCACAGUCCUCGCCUAG